AUGGACGAUUUUAUUUUUGCGAUGCCCGAGGCAUUGCAGGACAGACUUGACGCGUUGGUAUCUGCGCGUUCUCCCGUAGCCCAGCGAACGCAGGCUUUGACAGACUUGGACCAGCUAGUGGCCCGCAUAUUUACCGCUCCAAAGAGCACUGAGAUCCUCCAGAUCUUCUGUUCUCUACAAGAUACAUUCGAAUGCAAUGUCUCAUCCAGGUUGCUGUCCUGGAUCUCGGGAGUGACACCCCGCUUCGAAGGCCUCAUCGCGAGAGGACCUGACAGGGAGGCCGAAGUGUCUACGCUAUCCUCCCAUUUGACCCAAUGCUUGACGAUUAUCCAGGGCGUAGCCCUGACACACCACGCGAGCAAAGUCUUCCUUGGACGGAAGUAUCCCCUCGAAGUCCUCCUCGAUCUGCUACUCGUUUCUCGUCAUCUCUCAUCAGUAUCUACCGAUCCUGCGACCAAGUCCGGCUCAUCUGGAUCUUCUACAUCAUCACAUACCACUACAUCCACACCGGCGCCGACGUCGAUUCCACUGGCAUCUGCGAUUUUGGACACUUUGUUAUGCAUCCUCGUUGACUGUUCUCCUGCCCUCAGGACGUUCGAGGAGUCAAACGGAGUACAGGUUGUGGUUAAAAUCUUGAAACGAGUGAACACGCCUCGAGAAGUGAGGAUGAAGUGCCUCGAAUUCUUGUAUUUCUAUCUCAUGGAUGAAACCUCUCCAUCUAUGAUGGAAUCUGUGACCAGGGCGGACCAGAAUGGCCCAGUCACACCAUUGUCCCCAUCUCCCUUUAUCUCGGAUGGGAAGCCCAAGAGCAGGACUCAUGGAUCUUCACUCCGGGACACAUCGUCUAGUUCGGAUGACUCAUUCACAUCUAACUCAUCACACUCAUCGUCGUUAUCAAUGUCUUCGACAUCGUCCGUUUCUUCAUCCACUACCGUGCCGCCAUCUAGUCCCCCUUUUAACCCGACAAAGUCUCCACCUCAAUCACCGGCGAGCUCAGCUAUCGAGCCAAAUUCAAAGCUACACUCUCUGAGAAGGGAUGUAGACGCCCCCGUUACUCCGAAGAAGGCUCCCAUGGCCAGACUCGGUAAAGGACAUGCGCGAAUGAGCAGCAUGCCUUUGUCAGGUUCCAAACUGAAGAGAUCCUCCGAUCUGGAGGAUGAGGACCGUGACAGCGCCGUUCCGGUCACUCCCAGCUCCACGCGUAAAGCCGAGGAAGUUUCCUGCCACACCAAGCACGAAGAUCAAAAAAUCAGGACAGCAGAAGAGAAGAAAAAGCUUCUCGGAAAUAUGCUUGGGAAUGUCGACGCCCUUGUGGAAGGUGUCAGAAAAGCUGGAAUAUGGGGCCUGGGAUAG